AUGUCAAACUUCACGAUGCCCAAUGGGAUUUUGGUUGAGCUCUUCGAUUACUUUCAUCCAGAAAUACUCGACACUUGUGAGAUCCAAUGUCAAUUGAAUCCGGCGUUGAUGCGUCUCGAACCAAAUAUACCUAGAGGACUCUACUUCACUAUCGUCGGAACCACCUACGAGUGCCUCUACUUUUUAUGUUUGAUCGCAAUGUGUCAAAAGAAAUUCAUGAAAAUCAUUUGCUAUCGAAUACUUUUCAUCAUCGGCAUCUUUGACAUGUUGGGACUAGUGGCGAGUUCAUUGCUACCAGGCUAUUUGUUGCUUUCGGGCCGCUCGUUUUGUCAAAGUCCAAUACUGAAUAUGUGGAUUGGAUCUUGGGCAUUCCCGGGCUGGGCUGCCUAUACGGCUUUGAGCAUCUCGCUCGCCAUAAAUCGCAUUGUCGACUCCACAUGGCCGAAUAAACAAGAGCAACUAUUUGGCGGACUGAAGAUCAUUUGGUGGACGGGAAUCCCGGCCAGCUACGGAUUGAUACUCUACUUGAAACUUUCUCCAAUGCUAUAUCACGUUCCAACGGCUAGCUAUUAUUUCGGAGCCGAUCCAGCCAAAGCACAGGCUCCUCCCUUGUAUCCGGUCAACAAUAUGGCGGCGGCGGUGUUGGUCCUUAUGCUGAACAUCUUGAUGUUGAGGGCGAUGUUUCGAAUCAGUCACACGGCACUGACAAACACACAGCGAGUGAUAAUGAUUCAAUGCCUUGGCAUCAGCACAACGGGUAUGUGCGGUGGAUGGCUGUACGUGGCGAUGCAAUGGAUCGUGAUGCCCCAAUUUAUGGUCACCGCCGCCAAUUUACUUUGGCAGCUAGCGAAUGGAAGCUUGGCGAUUUUCUACAUUCUUGUGAACAAGUCGAUGCGCGGCGAGGUCAUGAAAUUGUUGGGGGUCUCUUCUUGUCGAAGGCCGACCAUUUACACCACAGCAUCCGAUCAAAAAAUACCCACCCUGCAGUCGAAUCCUGAUAUGGGUUCCGCU